AGUUCUCGUUCUUGUCACCAGGGCCGCUAUAGACGAAAAAACUAGCGAAGUCGAACGAAAACUUUGAACUUUGCAAAGUCUAUAAAGUAAAAAUGGUUUAUCGCGAUCUGGGAUAAGUGUGUUACUCGACAGAUUUCCCUGUGUGUGUUUGAUAGACACACACACCUUGCUGUGUACUUAAUCAUAAUAUUGUCAACACAGUAGAAUACCCAGAUGGUCGGUAAAUGAAAAUUCAAAAUGAGCAAAGACAAGGAAGAAGUCAUCCCCAUCGCGGGCCCAGGAAGUAGAAUUAAGGCGCUUGCCCCAACGGUCCGCAAACAUCUUAUAUACACCGAUGAAAAUCUGAAAGUAAUUGUCGAUUUCUCCACAAAUGGGAUUAAGGCGUUUCCACAGGAAAUAUGGAAAAAUGAGGAGAUAAUGAACAAGGCAGUUAGGUUUCUGGGUGAAAACAAUCGAUUGAAGAAACUUCCGAAAACUAUUUCCGACUUGGACAACUUAGAGUUUAUAGAUCUGAGAAACAACUCUCUUGGGGCUCUUCCUGGGACGAUAUUCAAAAUCAAAGCACUGAAGGAACUUCAGUGUGGAAACAACGGCCUGAAAACUCUCCCGGCAACCAUAAACAAGGCUCCGUCAUUGGAGUACCUGUAUGCCCAAAACAACAAAAUUAAAGCCCUCCCUAAAACCAUUAACAAGUGCCCAGCGCUAGUUCUUAUAGACCUCACGGAAAAUGUCAUUCGUUCAGUGAAAAAGACAAUAUACGAAGUCGGAGCCACUCUGAUACUGAGCAAGAACCGUCUCGUAGAACUCCCAGAUGCCACUGUUAAAAACCCAGCCCUAAAAAAACUGAUUGUCUCUGGCAAUUCCAUAUCACAUAUUCCAGAUAACAUAAACAACGUGCUAACGCUCACAUACUUAGAUUUGUCCGACAAUGACUUGACGGAGUUACCCAAUCAGAUUGGGUAUCUCAAAUACCUCCACUACCUGAACAUAUCUAAAAACAAAAUAGGUUACCUUCCGGAGGAGAUCACCACUUUGCACUUUGCCCUCACCUUUCUGCACGCUUCUGACAACCAGAUCAAACGUCUGCCCAAGGAGAUCCACAAACUCCAGCGACUCCAGGUUUUAGAACUGGCUGACAACCAGAUAGAAACUCUGCCAGAUAAUUUCUACCAAUUGAAAAACAUCAAGAGGCUUGAUUUGUCUGGCAACAAGCUCUCAACAGCUGCUGGAAUCAGCAAACUCAAGUCCGUAGAGCACAUCGGACUAGCUAGAAAUUCCCUCACCGCCUUACCAGAAGACCUUCCUAACUUGAAAUCGUUGGUUUCGAUUGAUGUAACGGGAAAUUACAUCAAAGUUAUUCCCGAAAACUUGCACAAAGUAGGCACGCUCAAGAGUUUUAAGGCAAGUGACAAUAAAAUCAGCAACAUUCCCGAAUCUCUUGGCGAAAACCAAUUAAUAACAGAACUCUGCGUUUCCAAAAAUCGGCUGCAGGGUCUACCCCAAGACAUGAAGAAACUUAGAAGCCUUGAAGUCUUUGAGAUGGCGGACAACGAUAUCAAUGCCUUGCCAAAGACGUUCGACUUUCUGAAAUUUCUGAGGGUAUUAGAUGUUGCUGGCAAUGGACUAAACGAACUGACGUUACCAAAGACACUGACUUCAUUAAACUUGUCAUCCAACCCGAUUUCUCUUCCUUCUGUGGACCCCAAAUCCGUUUUGACUAUUCUUGGCGAAAAAACAUGGGCGUCGCAGAUGACAGUUCUUGAACUCGAGUCUAUCAAGCUUGAAGAAGUGCCUAGUACUCUGAGCCAUAUGAAGCUCCUCAAAAAGCUCAACAUGCGAAGCAACCUUAUCAAGGUAAUACCAGACGAACUGUGCAAGCUACGACUCUUGGAGGAACUAGACGUUUCUAACAACGAGCUGGCGGACCUACCCGACAGUAUGAGCAAUAUGAAAAAUCUGCGAAAGCUGAACGCAUCUGAGAACAAGAUUCAGCAUUUUUGCCCAGGUCUCUGUCUUUUACACCAGUUGGAGGAGAUAAACCUGUCUUAUAACAACAUCAUGGAACUGCCAGAGAACUUCGGAGAAUUGAACAAAGUGAUUCGUCUAGACCUGUCCAACAACGAACUUAUGGGUCUACCAGAAGACAAAUGGGAUGUUCUUGCGUCCAUGUUAUUUCUGGAUGUUUCAAAGAACCACAUUAACGUUGUACCAACAGAUCUGCCAUAUUUAUAUCGAAUCCAAGUUCUGAAAGCGGCGUGCAACGACCUGACGUGUUUACCGGGGGAUAUCAUCAAGAUGGUGGGCCUGGAAGUUUUAGACGUGUCCGACAAUUUACUGGAGUCCCUCCCCGAUAGUAUAUGCAAGCUGCCUAAUCUAACAGAACUGAAUGUGUCCGACAAUAAAAUCAAGUCUUUCCCAGGUAAAAUGGAGAGUCUGAAACAGCGGUGCACAGUUAACGUGGAAUCUCAGUCCGCCUACAAGCAGCGGGAUCCGCCAGAUACUCUAAAGGCUGGGGAAGUACAGACGGACGCGGAUGAAUCUCCGCGGAGCUCGAAGAAAAUUGACUCGGAAAAGUAGUUCUCUGGAAAAGCACGUGGUUUUUAGUGCCAAAAGAAAGCCCCAAAAGUAUUAUGAUUUUGAUAUGUUAUUAUUUUCUUUGUGACGCACUAGGCUUUUUAUUUACAUAAUGGUGUAACUGGUCAUUUUUUUGUUCUUGUUUCAAUCAUUGCACACUCCGCAGAGCGUGUUAUUUAACUACUUUUACAAGUAUUUGACUGUCCUGUCUUUUGUAUAUCUGUUUUUAUAUCUACGUGUAUUUAUAUUUAUUUGUUUGAAAGAUUAAACAAAAAUCAUAAAUCAAUCAUAGUUAGU